AUGGGGUCUGUCUUGAGCUCUAAAAAGAAAACUAAUGGUUUUAAAUUGAUGAGAUUAAUUGUUGAUGUUGGUGGAGAAGCUUUAAGAAUAACAUUAAGGAAACAACUUUCAGGUACUGAUUUAUUUUAUAUUUUAAAUGACAAUAAAAAUUUUAAUAAGCUUUUGUUGCUAAAAGAUAAGCAAAUAAAGCAACAUCAAUGGGAUCUACUGUAUCCUCCUACUCCAAUAUUACCAAAUGAAAAUAAGUUUGACAUUACUUUACUUUGUAUUCUCUUGCGUAAUAUUUGUGGCCUAAAACCACCUCGUGAUCCAAUAUGGACGUCAGUAAAUGACCCCACUGAUUAUUCAACCGAAGCAGAUAUUACCCGUAUUAGGUUAUUUCGUAAUGAUCGUUUUGCUCACUUACCUAACACUUCAGUAAGCUUUAAUGAAUUUGAAGAUUUUUGCGUAAAAAUAAGCGAACCAUUUCUUCGUUUAGGAAUAAGUCAGGAGGAAAUAGAUAGAAUAACGAGUGAAGUGUGUGGUAAUGAGGAAUAUAAAAGGAUUUUGAGAGAAUGGGAUGAAUUAAAGAAUGAUUUAGAAGUUUUAAAAUCAGAUCACAAAGAAAUUAAGAAUACCCUAAAGGAUAUCGGUACGAAUGUUGGGAAAGUGAUAGAUAAAUUGGAAUUGGUAGGAGAUGAUAUUAAAGGAAUCAAGGCUAGUGAACAUGGACUUACUUCAGUUUUAGAAGAAGAUGUAUUGACAAAAAACCUUGUUAGCUGUACUUUUGAAAGUGAAAUUAGGCAUCAUUAUGAAAAAUACUUAAAUGGAACACGUGAAUGGGUUUUUAAAGAGUUUUCAGAUUGGUUUGAAGACGAUACUUCUCAAAAUCGUGCAUUUGUUAUUUCUGCUGUUGCUGGUAUGGGUAAGUCUGUAAUUGCAGCUACUUUAUGUAAACGUUUUCCUCAUUACUUGACUGCAGUUCAUUUCUUUCAACACAACAACAGUCGUUACAAUAAAGCCAAUGUACUUCUUCAAUCUUUAGCGAUGCAAAUUAGUCGUAAGUUUCCUGCUUACAAACAACUUCUUGUGAAAAAACUUUCAGGUCAAUUGUGUGAGCCUUUGAAUAACAUGAAUAUUGAAGGAUUAUUUUCCCUUCUUUUUACUGAGUUGUUUUAUAAUAUCUCAGAAGUUCCCAAGCGAAUGUUAGUUGUGCUUGAUGCUCUUGAUGAAUGUGGUUAUCCAGAAAGAGAUGACCUUGCUAAUUUGCUUGCUAAUCACUUACACAAACUUCCACCUUGUUUUCGAUUUGUAAUUACUACCAGACCUAACGAAGUUGCUUUGAAUAAGUUCGAAAAAUUAAAUCCACUAUUCAUUAAUUGUAGCGAUGAUCGCAAUUUAGAGGAUAUUAAAUUAUUGAUUGAGGAAAGAAUUGGCUCUACUGACAGCCUUUCUAAUGUUAAAAACAGUUUGGCAGAAAAAGCUGACGGACUUAUGUUGCUUGCAUCACUUCUUAGCAGCGAAGUCAAAAAUCAGGAUUUGUUGAAAGGUUCCAUACCAAAAGAUCUCAGUGAAUAUUACAAAAUUUCCUUAACAAGAUUAAGUAAGGAAUUAGAUAUCAGUAACGAAAAGUUUCAGUCAAUUUUAAAUACUUUGGCUGUUGCUAAAGAACCUCUUCCUUGGGAAAUGAUCGAUGACGUUCUUUGUUUGAAUUCUAAGUACAUAUCACUUCAGGUUAGAGAGAUUAUCUCUUGUCUGUUUGUUACCAAUGAAGAAGGAUGUGUUUCGUUUUUUCACAAAUCUUUAAAUGAUUGGUUGUUGGAUGAUCGAAAACAUAUUUACUCAGUAAAAACUCUUUGUGGUCAUCGACUUGUUUUAGAAUUUUGUUUAAAAUCUUUGGAUAACCUCAAAGCUGAAGGUGUAAACUAUGACGUCAUCAAACAUGCGUCAGUGAGAUAUUCAGUCAAGUAUUGGUUGCUUCAUUUACUUGAUAUUUCUGAUAAUGAUUAUAUCGUUAAAAGUGUCGGUAAAUAUCUUGUUGACUUAGAAGUGUUAGUUGCUUCGGUGUUGGUUGACUCUCGUCAUACUUUUGAAAAUUUUAAAUUAUUCAACGCACAUGAUGUGUACUUUCAUAUUUCUGAGGACAUUCGAUUGUUAUUUAAUGAAGUUUAUUCUGUAAUGACGUACCCUAUGCGCUUUAACAAUAAAGUAACUUUUUUGCAAAACGUUGCCAACGACGUCAAAGAUCUGUCGUCUCAAGCCAUCAAAAUGCUUCAAACACGUUUCAAAGAUUCACCAUAUCUAGAGUGCAGAGACACGGGUUUUAUAAAGUCUCGAUUAUUACGUUUAGAUCAAAAUUUGAUCUCUGUUGAUGUUUCACGAAACCAUGAUUACGUCGUGUGUGGUUAUCUUGGGUUCAUCGUGCAACUUUUUUCAUUGAGAACAAACAGAUGUUUAUGGAUAAAAAAUAUUGCUGGUCAGUUUAAGGAAUAUGAAGAGGGAGACUUUAGCGUUGUCUUUCAUCCAUUCAAAGAUUUGAUUUUUGCUUCCCAGCUUGAUAAGAUAUUAGAUAUUAAUGGUAAAAUUUCCCCCAGUCCGUUCCAUUGUGAUGAUUCUACUUCUAAGUUCUUUACCAACAAAUGUUUUUCUAAGGAUAAGUACACAAUGGUCACUAGUUACAAAGAUACUUUGACAGUAUGGGACGUUAAGAAAGGUAAGAAGAAACGCAGUAUUAGAUGUAAUGAUGAGGUGACCUCACUGUGUUUUUCUAAUUCUGGAAAAUAUUUGUGUGUUAUUGAGGAAGAAAGAGAGGUUAAAGUAUUUAACGUAGCGAAUAAAUAUGAAACAUUCUCAUACGACGAUCAUUUACAGCCUCGUAAUUUAAAUGAGUCUCGUGUUUUGUUUACUGUUGGUCUUCAUUCUUGGUUUUGUUGUGGUUGUGGUGGUGAACUGUGUUUGCCUGAACGUUUCAUUGUAAAUCCAACUGGUGAGAAACUUCCUGCCUUUGAUCCUUUUACCCAAACUUCUUUUUUCCCUCUUGAUCCUUUCGAUAACAACCGAUCAAGUUUUUCAAUUUUUGAAGGAAAUUGUUUACAUUAUUUUAUUUUGAAAAACGACAAUGUUCUUUUGUUUGAAUACGGACUUGAGAGUUAUCUUUAUUCAACACCACGUGCAUGUUUAACUAACUAUUACAAUUUUUAUAUCGACAAAUUUUGCUCAAAUGGAAAAUUUCUGUAUCGGAGCCAUCAAGAAAAAAUAGAGGUAAUUAUAUACAAUCUCAACACAUUUGACUUUUUUGUCAAGGAAUGUUUUGUUAGUGACAUGGUUGCUGUAGAAAAUGGAGUUAUUUUGCUUACGGCCGAAAAUAUUCCUGAGCUUUGGAGUAAUGAUUUGACAAAACUUGUUUAUAGUUUCGAUGAACUAAAAGGUCCCGGUACAAUGCGUAAAAAUCAUCUUACCACGAGAAUAAAUUUGAUCUUUGAUGAUAAAAUUUCUCACUAUUUUGGAUAAUGAUUAUAUUAUCUUUAAGAAAAUCUUGUUCAGUUCUUAUGCAUGAUCCCUAUCAUUGUUGAGAUUUCUAUUAAUAUCUGUUUGCGUAUGAUUUCAUGAAACGACCUUUGUCUAAUUAUGAUUGUUCUGUACAGAGACCGCAGUGUACAAUAAUGUCAACAUUUAGAGAGAUCAUGUAUAAAAGCUGAAAUUAAUUAAAGAUGAAAAUUCAAUGACAAUAAAGACAAACCAUAAACACAAAUGAUUUCGUGCCCAGGAUAAUAAUUUUCCUUGUACAAGAAAAAAAUUUUAUUGACUUUUAUCUCCUCACUCACACAAACAUAUAAAUGCAAACUAUUGUUAGUUAUUGUACCAUUGGUAAUAUUUUGUUGAUAUCUACACCAUGUAAACAUAUAAUUUUCAUUCAAAUGUAUUCAGUGUAGGAUGGUUUUAAUAUUGCACGUUUUUUCGAUACUUCAAAACCAAAAACAAGUUGUUACUAAUUAAAUCAAUACUGUCUUGCAAUGAAAUAAUUUGUUAAUACUUUUUACUUAUUGCAUUUUGAUAUAGAAAUUAUCUAUGUGUUAAGUUGUUAAGAGAGACAAAGACAGCCCAAUUGUUACUUCAGUUAUAUGAAUGUUUUCAUCUUUAUUUAUUUAAAAAUGUUAACUUAUAAUAAAACAAUGGUACUUUCGCUAAUUUUUUCAUGAAAAACUAAAAAUUUGGCUGUCUUUCUCACUGACUGUUAAAAAGUAAAUCGUAAACUCCACAAGAAAAUGAAUUAUGAUUGACGUUCAUCAUCGUGAUAAACAAUUUAACCAUUGUCACUGAACACUCCAAACCGUAUGAACAGGAAAUACUAACAAAAGUCAAAGAAAGUUUGCAAUAUAAAAAGACAGAAAACAAACGAUAAUGUUGCAUAUGGAAGGAUGUUUAAUGACAAGUUUUUACCUUUUAAUGAAAAAUCGAUAUCAAGCGUUGUUAAAGUUGGAACACUUUUACUUUGUGAAUCGAUACUUUAUGGGAGUUAUUUUUUAAAAACAUCAACUCAAACAUCAGUGGACAUACUGCAAGUUACUUUGCUAAAGUUUGAUAUGUUUAUUGCUUGGCUGUAAAAUUCCAUCGUCUACUCUUAAUUCAAACGUUAAUACAAGAAGCAGAAGCUUUAUUUCAGGAAGUGACGUAAUGAAUGAAAUGGCAAAUAUAUGUACCAUGGUUCUCUGUGGAUUUAUUGUUGUACUUUGUAACGUCACCCAGGUCACGUAAUCAUUGAAAUUUUAUCUGUGGUCAUAAUAGGAAGAUAUGAACUUUUACAUUUUUAAAAUGGUGAAGCUGGCUGUUCAUUUUGUCCACUUUUUUAUACAACUGAAGCGUGAAAAUUAUCAUCUCAUGUGGACGUUUUGAUGUGAACAUAACGCAUAAGUAAUCAUGAGAGUGAAUGAAAAGAAUUUGAUUUUA